ACAGGAUGAUUGCCACUCACUGAGCCUCCAACGACUUUUCUUGUCCUCUCAGACGGGCAGACCCAAAACGGAGACUUCGAAUCUCCGGCCUCUAAAGUUUACCGAUCAAUCGAACCAAAGUUUGGGUUUUAAUUCUCCUUCGCUUCAAGGUGAAGUGAGAGAUCUUCACUUCAUGUUCUAGAAAAGGUGUUUUUCUUCUUCUUCUUCUUCUUCAAUUUUCUUGUAAGGGAAGGUUAAUCAUGGCUGGUCGGAGAGAUAAAUCCGGCCAAACCACGCGCGGAUCUCGAAUCAGUGCCGCCAUAGCUGUCGGAGUUUUGAUGGGUUGCGUCUUUGCUUUCUUUUACCCCAACGGACUCUUCUCAUCAAACCAGCUGCCGACCCAAACUCGCAAACUCUCCAAACUUGAUCUUCAGGGUGACUCUUCCUCUUCGUGCGAUUCGGACCAGAUAAAUAAAUUGAAAUCAGACUUCAUGGAAUUGUCUAACCAGAACACAGAGCUACAGAAGCAGGUGAGGGAGCUGCGCGAAAAGCUGCGUUUAGCUGAGCAGCAAAGGGGCAAUGCAGAGCAACAGAUUGUGGUGUUGGAUAAACCACAAAAGGCCGGCCCUUUUGGCACUGUUAAGAGUCUGAGAACUAACCCUCCAGUCAUCCCGGAUGAAUCCGUUAACCCCAGACUGGCUAAGAUCUUGGCAGAGGUUUCUAUUGGGAAAGAGAUCAUAGUUGCACUGGCCAACUCAAAUGUGAAAUCCAUGCUGGAAGUCUGGUUUACGAGUAUCAAAAGAGCCGGUAUCUCCAAUUACUUGGUUGUGGCGUUAGAUGACCCUAUCCUGGAUUUCUGCAAAGAAAACGGAGUCCCCGUUUACAAGCGGGACCCGGACGAGAUGGUUGAUUCUGUUGGGAAAAUGGGCGGGAACCAUGCCGUGUCCGGAUUGAAGUUCAGAAUCUUGAGGGAGUUUUUGCAGCUGGGUUAUAGUGUCCUCCUCUCAGAUGUUGACAUUGUGUAUUUACAGAAUCCUUUCGACCAUUUGUACCGGGAUUCGGAUGUGGAGUCAAUGAGUGAUGGACAUAACAACAUGACUGCUUAUGGAUACAAUGAUGUCUUUGACGAACCCGUGAUGGGCUGGGCCCGCUAUGCCCACACCAUGCGGAUAUGGGUUUAUAAUUCCGGGUUCUUUUACAUAAGGCCAACGAUUCCUGCAAUCGAACUACUUGACCGAGUUGCUGACCGGCUUGCCCGGCAACCAAAUGCGUGGGACCAAGCGGUUUUCAACGAAGAGUUGGCAUUCCCAUCACAUCCCGGUUACAUUGGGCUUCAUGCUUCAAGACGAACCAUGGAUAUCUACCUUUUUAUGAAUAGCAAGGUCUUGUUCAAGACGGUGAGGAAAGAUCCUGCCCUGAAAAAGAUGAAGCCGGUUAUAAUUCAUGUAAAUUACCACCCGGAUAAACUUCCGAGAAUGCAAGCAGUUGUUGAGUUCUAUGUUAAUGGCAAGCAAGAUGCUCUGGAUUCAUUCCCUGAUGGAUCUGAAUGGUAAAAAUGCUUGCUUUGAUGGGACAUCCACUCAGUUUUUUCAUUUCCCAGAUGUGUUUUCAUUUAUAUUUGCUAUAGUUAUAUUCAUACUUGUUUUAGCCUCAGGCAAUUCCUCCCUUCUGGGCUUCCAUGUGUAUUACUGAUUCACAAUAUUGAACUAUAUUUUGAUUCUGGAUUGGAAAUUCAAAAUGCCCUUUAGGGCCGGAUCGGACGUAGAACUGCGAUUCUUGAAACCGUUUC